AUGAGAGCAAGGAGUGCGCUGCAACGCUUCCCUGUCAAAGAGUGGCAGAACCUCCUCGAAAUCCUGCAGAGCACUGCCAUCCGCAUACACGACCAAGUGGAACGCAAAGAGCGACAUGCUGAUGCAGAAAUGCGUUUCCCUCGAUCUGGUCUCAAUAGCGGCUCUCACAGCGGUGCCACAACUCCAGCCUUCGCUCCCAGCGGAGCCAACACACCCAGUGGGGCGCGAACGCCAUUCCGUCAUUCACGCGUGAGCAGCACCCUCAGCAUGGCGUCGCUUGGAGCAAGACUCCGGGGUCUGGCAACAUCAAAUCAUAUCAAGGAGCCUGAAGUUGAGCCUGAGCGUCGUGGUUCAGGACUCAAACGAUCUACUUCCCUCGGAUCGCGUCGCGGUCCUGGGCACGUCACAGUCGACGAUCAUGCAGAGACUGUUUCUCGUCCGGUCCUUGCACCCAUUCAGGACACCCUCGGUGAUGACACCGGCCGCGCCCAGCCUCAGAGCAGCUAUUUCGAUGACGACGAUGAGGAAGAUGACUACAUGGAGCAGGACGAGCCCAUGACAAUGCCUUCGAUGGCUCGCCUGAACGGUCCUCACUUUGGUCUCGAACCUCCGCCGCUCAUGCGUCGCACUUCGGAUGCUACACCCUCCGGAUCCCCUGGUAUACCUGACCCACACGCUGGUCUCCUGGUGCCGCCACCCAUGGCAUACGAAGGCAACCCGAACCGUCUCUCCGCAUCACCCUCGCUCCUGUCCAUCGAUACCGUCGUCGGCGACAAGACAGACUACAAGCUCCAAAAGGUCGAUCCUUUCUUCACUGACAGCAACGGCGAAUUCUACCGUGAAUUUGAGACCAAGCUCGCAGGCCUCACCGCCGCAAACAGCACCACACAUGGCUUUGCCAUCGAAGAGUUCCUGAUCAAGAGCGAGAAGGAGUGGUUCGACAAGUACCGUAACGCCAAACUCGGUCGAUUACACGUCUACUCCAACCGAAACAGUAUGGCAUUCAGCAGCCGUCCAGUCUCGAUCGCUGGCACCGAAGACCAUCACCACGGCGGGCAUAGCAGUGACGAGGAGAACCAGCACGAGGAUACAGAGUACAAAGGCUACAACUCCUUGAAUGACGAGUUCCUCCUCGGAGCCGACUACCAGCCUCCCAAUGGCCUACGGAAAUGGAUGACGAUGAAGCUCAAAUCGGCUCAAUCAAAUUCGACUGGCCCGUGCGAGAUCGGCCAGUCGGCAAGCAAGCUCUACGUCAUUGCGUCCAUCUACCUCGCCACAUCAAUCAUGUGGUGGUACCUCUUCCGCCGUCUCCCGCUCGUAUACAGUCUUUCCCUCCCCUGGAUCCUCUACGGCAUCGCCUUCAUCCUCAUCGGCACCGCACAUUACGCCACCUCAGCCUCCCAACGCGGCUGGAUCCAAAACGUCGGCGCGGGCUUCUACUCGGCCGCCUCCUCCUCCGGCGCACUCUUCUUCUCCUCCAACUUCGGCGACGAGGGCGGCGCGCACGUCAAAGCAUGGGUCUUCCGCGCCUGCACGAUCCAAGGAACCCAGCAGAUCUACGUCGUCGCGCUGUGGUACUGGGGCAGCAUCAUCUCCCGACGCGCACAAGAUGGGAUCAUCGUCGCCGACGAUCCCGUCAGCAGCACGUGGCGGAUCACUGCUAUCACUUUACCUAUCGCGGUCUUGCUGUUCGCGAUCUCCGGGCUGAUGUUCUUCGGCCUCCCCGUCUACUACCGCCAAACCCCCGGGAAGAUGCCCUCGUUCUACACCGCCAUCAUCCGCCGCAAGAUCGUGCUGUGGUUCUUCGUCACAGUGCUGAUCCAGAACUUCUUCCUCUCGGCGCCGUAUGGCCGCAACUGGGCGUUCCUGUUCAGCUCGCAGCAUGCGGAGACUUGGCAGGUGAUUGUGCUCGUCGCGGUGUUCUUCAUUGGCGUCUGGGCGGGCUUCCUGUGGGGUUUUGCGUGGCUGUCGAAGACGCACUCCUGGCUGUUGCCUCUGUUUGCGAUUGGGCUUGGCGCGCCGAGAUGGGCGCAGAUCUGGUGGGGCACGUCUGGUCUGGGUGCGUACUUGCCCUGGGCAGGCGGGUUCACUGCCUCCGCACUGCUCUCGCGGUCUGUCUGGCUCUGGCUGGGCACGCUGGAUGCGAUCCAGGGUGUCGGGCUAGGCAUGAUCCUGCUGGGAAGCUGA